AUGAUGACCAUGUCCUACCCCGACGACAAGAACGACAACCGCAACUACUACCAGGGCUCGUCGGCGUACUACGCCGGGCCGAGCAGCUCGAACGCAGCGCCGCGCGACGCCCCGCCGGCAUACUCCGCGCCGCAGCCCUCGUACGCAGCACCCCAGCCCUCGUACGCCCCGCCCCAGCCCUCGUACGCUCCUCCCCGGUCCUACCCGCCCCAACCCACCCGUGACUCCCCGCCCUCAACCUCGCGCAUCUCCCCCACCGGCGUGGACGAGGACGGCUCGCCCCAAGGCUCGGUCUACGCGCAAGCCAAGGCCGCGUACGACAACCCACUUGCGCACAACGACUCGUGGGCGCCCAAUGCCACCGACUAUGCGCUGCGCGCCCUGCCCAAGAUCGACUUCAUGCUGCGCGUCAAGUCGCGCCUCUCGCGCACGGCCGGCCAGCCGUUCGCGACUGAGCCGCGCUCCUUCCGCCGCCAGGCCCCGCCCACGCCCACCGCGUCCUUCCCGCCGCUAAUCCUCCAGCCGGACGGCAAGGACGGCCUCAUCGGCGCGGGCUUCAAGCCCAACUACUUUGGCCCGGUGCUGGCCGCGCACGACGUCUCAGCCGCCGACUACGCCCGCUUCCUCGAAGAUAUCUUCACGGCCGGCAAGGUCUCGGGCGGCGGCCAGCUCGUGGCCAACAUCGCGCCUGUCACCAUGCACAUGGGCGUGACGGGGUACUUUGUCACCAAGGCCAUCGUGCGGGGCAUGGCGCGGCGCAACGAGCCGGUCGUGGUCGACACCAUCGAGACGUGGCAGGAGCGCUUCUUCGGCCCGCGCGGGCUGGACGUGUACGUCGUCGCCAAGGGCGAGCGUGCGACCGCCAGGCAUAUGGGCGUGACCCCCGAGCCGCUCUCGCCAGAGGUCGCGAGGUUGACCGGCUCGACCCCGGGAGUGGACGCCAGAAACAGCCGGCGCUCGUCUUCGUCGUCGUCCUCCUCCGACUCGGAGCCCGAGCCCUCCUACUCCCACCUCCCCAAGAAGGAGGCCAAGCUCCAGAAGGAGCUCGACAAGGAGCGCCGCAAGCGCGAGAAGAAGGCGCACGAGCGGGAUCGCAAGGAGGCGCGCAAGGAGAAGCGCAAGGAGAAGAAGGACAAGAAGGACAAGGAUAAGAAGGUCAAGGGCCCGUGGCUCGUUAUUGCUCCGUUGGGCCAGCCACCUGCCGGCGCCUACGCGUACGGAGGGUAUGGCCGUGUUUAG